AUGGUUCACAAGCACGCGUCAAGUCUGCUGGGCCCCAGAGCCCCCUUUAGGCCAUCCCACGAAGGCGGGGCCCUGGGGGCCCUUUGCAGCACAGCAGCUACCACAGCAGCAGCAGCAGCAGCAGCAGCAGCAGGUUCUGCUGCUGCUGCUGCUUCUCAGCAGAAAUUUUUGCUGCGGCAGCAGCAAGCUAACACAGAGGCCUUUCAUCUUCCACGUCGCCUUCCCGUCUGGCGCCAGUCUCACCUCCAGCAGCAGGCACUGCAGCAGCAGCAGCAGCAGCAGCAGCGGGGUUUUUCGUUUGUGCAGCCGCACUGCGUGCGGCGGGCGCUGCCCGUAAGUGCAGCAGCAAUUGGCAGCCUCAGCCCCUCAGCACUUUGCUGCUUGCUGCGAGCAGCAGCAGCAAAAGGAUUAAAGUCUGGGGCUUUUUGGCGAGAAGCAGAACGCCGGCUGCUGUUCCUGGCCAACUCCCUUUCUCCUGCUGCUGCUGCUGCUGCUGCUGCUGCGCUCGCCACGGCCAGGCGCAGCAACCCCCUGCUGCUACAGCGCCUCGAGCUCAGGGCCAUCGAGACAAAAAAU